AUGACUGAGUACCUGCCCGAUGACAACCGUGCGUACAAGGAAAAGAGUUAUUGGGACUCACGAUUUUAUAGCGAGGACUCGUAUGACUGGCUGGCGCGCUAUGAGAACUUGGCUGAGCUACUAACGAAGUACGUGCGUCCAUCCGAUCGCAUUCUCAUGGUCGGAUGUGGGAAUUCGACUUUCAGUAUUGAGAUGUACAACGCAGGCUUUCACAAUAUUACAAAUAUUGAUUUUUCCGGCAUUGUUAUUGCUCGUAUGAAAGCCAAGUACAAAGACAAGAUGCCAGAAAUGAAGUGGAAGGAAGCAGAUAUGACAAAGUUGAGCGAAACCUUUAAAUUCGGAAGUUUUGAUGUCGUUAUUGAUAAAGCUGCAAUGGAUGCGCUUAUGUGUGACGAAGGCGAUGUGUGGUCACCUUCAGAAACAGUUAUCAAGGAGGCUGCUGCCAUGUGUAGUGGUAUUGCAUCUGUGCUGGUUCCUGAAGGAAUUUUUCUACAAAUUUCGUUUGCACAACCUCAUUUUCGCAAGCGAUUUCUUUUAGGUGAGGGUGAAACGCCUCCAACCAGCACAAUCUACGGCUGGGAUUUCUCGUACCAUAACAUCGAAAUUGGUUUGGGUUAUUUUUUCUACGUAUUAAAGAAAACUUUACCUUAG